UAAUGAUGAUGUUGGAAGCCAUCCAAUUUGCUUAUAAAUAGGCUUUUUAUUGUUUAGCAAAACACACCAAAAAAAUGAGAGGAAAGAAAAAUAGAGAAGGAAGGGAGAUUGAGAGGAAAGAAGAGAGAGUGUGAAAUCUUGAAAAGUAGAAAUUAGAUUGUUUAACACAUUAAUGGUAUUGUUUUAAGUGAAGGAAAGUGAAACAUGUAAGAGGAGAAUAAAGAAGAUUUAGAAGAGAAAGAAGGUUGAUAAUAUUUCUCGAAAGUUAAAAGGCUUUGAAAAAAAAUAAAAAGUCAAAUUAAAAGGGGAAAAUAAGUGAAAUUAGAAGGGGAAGACACUCUAACAGAGAUGAGCGAGAGAGAGGACGACUGAGCGUGAGCGAGAGAGAGAGAGGGAUUCAGAGAAACAGAGAGUGGGAGAGAGGCUCGCAGAGUAGUUUGGUGCCAAGUUGCACGCUUGCAGAUGAACAAGAACUUCCUUGCUGCUCUGUUGGGGUGACCAUCUGAAGUGAGAGGGUUUGCGGCAUGGUUCUCAUGGAGGGGAAUCUGGGUGCUCUGCAAUUGCUUAUGCCUCUGAUUGUUUGCCUUCUGCUCGGUGGAUGCGCUUCACAUAGGGUAUAUAAUGAGUCGAUUCAUAGGCAAUUGGUUGCUCCUGGAACUGAAGAAAAUAAAGCACCAUGCCCCAGUGGUUGGAUUCUUGGACCCGAUAAGCGGAAGUGCUUUGGUUAUAUGAGCAGCCGCCAGCCUUGGAACGAGUCAGAAACCCGUUGUAAAAGUUAUAAUGGAAACUUAGCAGCAUUCAAAACAUCUCAAGAACUGGCCUUUGCUCAGAAUCUAUGUGCUGAAACCAUCAGUGGCUGCUGGGUAGGGGGAAGAGGUGUCAACUCUACUAUUGGUCUUGGUUGGAAUUGGUCCGAUAAUACUUCAUAUUGGAAUGAGUCUCUCUUUCCUGGGGAACCCCUUCAAUCCAUUUGCAGUAACAUCUCUUGUCACACCAAUAGUUCUAUUGAUGUAUGUAUAUUGGUUACUAAUGGAUCCAGAUCCCUCUUGGUUGAAAGAUGCAACAUGUCUCAUGCUUUUAUAUGCAUGGUUGAUUUAGGGAACACAUGUUACCACAUGCAUUGCCACAGAGAAUAUCUUAUCAUCCUUGGAGUUGUAAGUGGGUUGAUUCUCUUCACAACAUUAGCUGUAGUGAUUUGGCUUCUUGCAUACAAGCGGAGCAAGAAGCGCAGACGUUCCCGCAGACUUUCUAAUCCAGCAGCUACUGCAUUAGUCCCUCCAUCAUGGAAGGUCUUCAUGAAAGAAGAACUAAGGUCAAUUACAAAGAACUUUAGUGAAGGAAACCGUCUUCUGGGAGAUGCCAAGACAGGAGGAACAUACAGUGGGCUUCUUCCUGAUGGUUCAAGGGUGGCAGUUAAGAGGUUGAAGAGAUCUAGUUUUCAAAGGAAAAAGGAGUUUUACUCUGAAAUUGGAAGAGUUGCAAAGCUUCACCAUCCAAAUUUGGUGGCUGUGAAAGGCUGCUGUUACGAUCAUGGUGAUCGCUACAUAGUUUAUGAGUUCAUCAUUAACGGGCCCUUAGAUAAAUGGCUGCACCACAUACCUAGGGGUGGUCGGAGCUUAGAUUGGGGAAUGAGAAUGAAAAUUGCAACGACUCUUGCACAAGGAAUUGCGUUCCUGCAUGACAAAGUGAAGCCGCAUGUUGUGCAUCGUGAUAUCCGUGCCAGUAAUGUACUGCUUGAUGAAGAUUUUGGAGCACAUCUAAUGGGGGUUGGUCUCUCAAAGUUUGUGCCAUAUGAAGUGAUGCAUGAGAGGACAGUGAUGGCUGGUGGCACAUAUGGAUACCUGGCUCCAGAAUUUGUCUACAGAAAUGAGCUUACAACCAAGAGUGAUGUUUAUAGUUUUGGUGUGCUGCUGCUUGAAAUUGUGAGUGGGCGUAGACCAGCGCAGGCUGUUGAUCCAGUCGGUUGGCAGAGUAUUUUUGAGUGGGCAACGCCUCUGGUGCAGGCUCAUCGCUACCUAGAUCUCCUGGAUCCUCAUAUAACCCCUUCUUCUCCGGAUAUCCCGGAGGCCGGUGUGAUUCAAAAGGUGGUGGACCUUGUUUAUGCUUGUACGCAACAUGUGCCAUCAAUGCGCCCAAGGAUGUCUCAUGUUGUUCAUCAACUUCAACAGUUAGCCCAGGUUCCCAUUCUAAAAUAGUUUAAGUGAGUUUCGGGCUUGGUAUUUAUGUAUACAGUGCAAGUAAUGAGAAUUUGUUGUAGUGUUUAUUCUCCAGUUGUUAGGGGCCAUAUGACCAACUAGGGUAAAGCUCGUAGCCAGAAUGUAGGGUUUAGGGUUUAGCACACUCAAGGCCAUAAGACCCUAGAGUGUAGCACUACUAAGUGGCUGAUGUAGUCGUCAGACUGACAAUUGCAAUCCAAUCGGUAAUUUAAUUGAUAAUAUCUGUCUGUAUUGAAAUAAAACAAAUGGUAGUUGUAAUUUGGU